UUAUGCAUGUGGUUCAUUAACCAUCUUUUUACCUGUCCGGAGUACUCCCCUUCAUUUUCUAACUCACAAGUCAAGCUUCCCCAUGUCAUUGCUUAUGCCCUUCACUGCACUAAACUCCAUGCUUCAGUAACCUUUGCCACCCUCAUUCUCCUCCAACGACUCAAGGAGCACUUUUCCACUGCUUGGCACUCUUCAGGUCACUGUGACCAUCUUUUCAUAUCCGCUUUCAUGCUCGCAUCCAAGGUCAUCUGUGAUGACACUCACUCC